AUGGCUGUACACGAUGACUGCUUCCGUAUCUUUAUGCGAUACCGCCAAAUAUCGGAGCAGGAGGUACUGACAGCGCUGCGGGAGUUUUCCGCAUGGAGCCAACCAUGGAAUAUUCGCCCCAAGCUACAACUAGAGAAUAGCAACAUCGAGAUCCUCCCUGUACACCAUUUUGCUGCAGCUCUCGGGCUUGCCCCAGCUUACCCGGCUGCCACCCGAGCUUACGAAGAUGAUCCAAAACUUCUCGGCCGACAACCUUGUUUGGAGGCUCACUCGAGUGAUUGGGCUCGCGGAAAAUGGGCCCCCGCUGUCUGUCAUGCCACAAGCUUUUCAUCUAUCCUAGAUUUCCGCUUUGGGAGCGCGGCGGAGAACCUGUCCUCGCAGCAAACGGUUAUCAUUCGUCUGACCGUCGACUCGCGCGGACUUCAGAGGGUUGAAAGGCUACAAGAAAAGCCCGUCCAUCGCCCUGGGAGGUCCGAAUCAAAGGCCUUCGCUGUGUUUGAUGAAAGGGAUGUGCGAGGGGCCGUUUGGUGGUUCAAGUGUGAAUCCAGAUUCGCAAUCCCCGUCUGGGACACGCCCACACCCCCUACUAGGAUAAACCUACCGCCUAUGGUUGAGUGGUGUUGGGCCGUGGAAUUGGAACAGGCGAGUUGUAUCACUUUUAUGGUCGGCGGGGAUGGCGUCGAGGGCGUUCACGCCCAUACAGAUGGAUCAUAUCCCUGUGCCGCCACUGCGUCCAAGUCUCUGAAUCAUUGCCAAUGGAUAUACGUUCUUACCCCACCCGGCGACAAAAUCACGGCAUGUCGUGAAGUUGUUCUGGGCUACCAUACGGCAUUACUGUUUCGCAGGGAGCUCUCUGGUAUCGGUUGGGUUGGGGGUCUAUUUUGUCUACGGUACAACAGCCAUCAGACCUACAUGGUAAAUGAGCACAGCAUCAUGCCCACGGCAUUGGUUCUCCAUCUCAAAAUGAACCGCGAUGGUUCCUAUCAGAAACCAUCAGCACUUUCUGUUCUGUUCAGGGUUAUCGUGACCCUAGGAUCGGUCAACCAAGCCCCGUACCACCGUUGCGCCCACGCGAUGCUCACUUGA